CCGAAAGUUAAGGUGACGAAACCAGGAGGGAAUAUACGUUAAAGUCGACGGCCGGUGAUAUAACUCACGGUUUAUACAUUAUUAUAUGUUAACUAACUAAUAACUAGCAUAACUACAUGUUAGCGUCGGCGCAGACCGGCCGCCUUUAUCUCAGUGACGUCAGGAACGUUAACCGUGUGUGUUUUUGAAUAUGACGUUAUUGCGACUUUAAGUUGUGUUUAGUUCACAUAAAUCAUAAAUACGUCGCCGUGUGUUGGUCUCGUGCUGCCGGAGACAUGGACCCGGACUCUGAGGUGGGAAGCGUUCUUAGGCAGGAGAAUGGGGAGGAAGAUGAUGAUGAUGAUGAGAAGGAGGAGGAGCAGAAGAAGAAGAGGAGGCCUCCCUCCAGUUAUGGAUCAAUGAAGAGUGAGAGUGAUGUUAUGGAGGAGGAGGAGGAGGAGGAGGAGGAAGAGCUCCAUGUCUUCCAGCUCCCAUUUCCACCUGAGUCGACUCCUCACCAGGGGACAGGGUUACAGAUGAUUCGCUCAGACUCUCCGGAGACGCUCUAUACCAACACGACGGAGCAGACCAGACCCCCGGGAGCUGUUGUCAUUGACACCAGGUCCUCUGAUCCGGGGGACGCUCCUGAAGACGACGAAGACGAGGAGGAAGACGAACUGUUGACGACUAACUCCCCAGAACCGCCUGACCCGGUGGAACCAGAAGAGCCGGCGGACGAGAGCAGCCAGCCGGGUCGACUCCACCCGGAGCAGGACCUGCCCCACAUCUUCAAGAGCAUCCAGAGCGCCGUGGGCCGGCUCUCCGCGGAGGAGCUGCUCCGGUUCAAGGUCGGGUUCUGCCAGUGGGAGUCCCGGGUCGCCUUGACCCGGCUGCUGGAGGGAGACCUGCUGGACCUGGUGGACCGCAUGCUGGAGGUCCUGGGUCCUGACCGCUCCCUGCUGCACACCAUAAAGACUCUGGAGAGUAUGAAGAAGAGCCACGAGGCCGAGGAGCUGAGGAAGAGUUGCAAGAAAGCGUUGAUCCGUUUCCAGCUGACUCAGAGUCUUCUCUCCGAGCACCAGACCCUCCGUGAGGGCGUGGUCCAGGCGGGGAGGCGGAGCCUCCUGGAGAAGGUCUUCGUGGAGCCGCUGAUCUCCACCCGCUGCCGGGGGGGCGUCGACCCCGCCCACGAGUUCGGGCCCCGCCCCCUUUCCACGCCGCCCGGCGCCGACGCCGCGGUGGGCCUGAGCGAGCUGUUCCGCCUCCGGAGGGCGGACGGCGAGCCGGUGAGGACGGUGGUGACCACGGCGCUGCCGGGCGGCGGCAUGUCGGUGUGUGUGGGGAAGUUCUGUCUGGACUGGGCCCAGAGGACCGGGAACCAGGACCUCCAGUUCGUCUUCACCCUCUCGCUGCACAGUGUGUGGCGACUGAGCAGCAGACGACCUCCAGAGGACCUGACGGCCAUGGAGCUGCUGGAGGCCCUCCACCCCGAGGUCAGGGGCCUGGGGGCCCUGGAGGCCCUCCACCCCGAGGUUAGGGGCCCAGGGGCCCUCCACCCCGAGGUCAGGGGCCCGGGGGCCCUGGAGGCCCUCCACCCCGAGGUCAGGGGCCCAGAGGACCUGGAGGCCCUCCACCCCGAGGUCAGGGGCCCAGAGGACCUGGAGGCCCUCCACCCCGAGGUCAGGGGCCCAGAGGACCUGGAGGCCCUCCACCCCGAGGUCAGGGGCCCGGGGGCCCUGGAGGCCCUGGAGGCCUGCAGGUACCUCAUCAUCAUGGACUCACUCGAUGGGUACCAAGGCACUCUGGACUGGGAGAACGCUCCGGUGCUCACGGACCCCCGCGCCAGAGCCCCCCCCGCCGUGCUGCUGGUGAACAUCAUCAGAGGCUCCGUGCUGCGCGGCGCCCGGGUCUGGAUCCUCGGGCGCCACGCCGCCGUGAGCCAGAUCCCUCCUCAACACGUCGACGUCGUCACGGAGAUACGGGGCUUCAGCGAUCAGAAGGUCGAUGAGUUCUUGACGCUCCGCUUCAGCGACGCGGAUCUGUCGGCGAAGAUCAUUCGCCAUUAUAAGCUCCUCCCCUCGCUCCGGAUCCUCGCCCGGCAGCCCUUCGUGUGCUGGAUGCUCGCCACCGUGUUCGAGCGCUGCUACCGUUACCACGGCUACGGGGCGCACCCCCCCAGGCUGACGCCGUUCUACGUCAACACCGUGAUCAUCCAGACCAACCGGCGCCUGCAGUUCUACUGCGGCAAGACGGACCAUGAACUGAAAUGGUCGAGUGAUGACAGGAAGCUGCUCACCGCGAUGGGGAAGAUGGCGUUGGAGAUGCUGUUGGCGGACACCUCCGUGUUCUCCGUGGCGGACGUGGAGCGGAGCGGCGUGGCGCUGACGGAGGUGACGGUGUUCUCCGGCCUGUGCACCGAGCUCCCCGCCGCCGCCUCGGGGAGGCGGAGCUUCUGCUUCAUCCACUUCAGCUUCCAGGAGUUCAUGGCCGCCCUCUUCGUCUUCACGGCGUUCCGCAACGAGUCCCUGAACGUUCUGGACGUUUCGGGGUCGCAGCCCUCGGCGCUGAAGGCUCCGCCCCCUCCGACCGCGGCGGGCCUGGUGCAGAGCGCCGUGGCUCUGGCGCUCGCCGCCCCGCCCGGCCGCUACGACAUGUUCCUGCGCUUCCUGUGCGGCGUGCUGUCGCCGGACUGCCACGCCGAGCGGCUGCAGGGCUUCCUGUUCGGCCGCAGGGCGCCCCCGGUGGCCGGGCUGGGCGACGCGCGGCGGCUGCUGGAGCGGAGCGUCCGGACCGCCGAGGAACGCCACCGGGACCGCCUGGACAACCUGAGGGAGUGCCUCAGGGAAAUGACCCAGCAGGACGAGUGAGCGGGGGUGAUGGAGGCGUUACCGGGGCAACGGCGAGACCGGACCGCCACGCUCAGGCGCUUUUCACUCUGAUAACGGGACGUCAAUAAAGUUUUGGUUUUAUUAUGAAAUCAAAGACUCACAGUGAGAGCCAAUCAGAACGCAUCCUGCUCACACCUGCUCACAGUGAGAGCCAAUCAGAACGCAUCCUGCUCACAGUGAGAGCCAAUCAGAACGCAUCCUGCUCACAGUGAGAGCCAAUCAGAACGCAUCCUGCUCACAGUGAGAGCCAAUCAGAACGCAUCCUGGAUUUAAAUUCAUCCAACAAAGAGGAGCUCAGGUUUCACAAAACCUCUUUUCUUCUCAUUGUUGAGUGCUAUUUAAACUGAGCCCCCCCCCCCCAAAAAAAAUUCACCAGCCGCCACUGGUAUGUGUGUGUGUGUACAUGUGUGUAUGUGUCUGUCUGUGUGUGCGUGUGUGUGUGUGUGUAUGUGUGUGUCUGUGUCCAUUUAUGUAAGGAUGUGUGUGUUUAUGUGUGUGUCUGUGUCUAUGUGUGUAGGUAUGUGUAUGUAUGUGUGUGCAUGUGUCUGUGUGUGCGUGUAUGUGUCUGUCUGUGUGUGCGUGUGUGUGUGAGUUUAAAAACAGCUUCUGGCAGAAUGAGUAGUUUAAUGCUUUUAAACCUACUAGAAACUUUCAACCUGCGUUGAUUCUGGCGCCCCCUGGUGGACAAAGGCGGCAGUGUUUCUUUCGUGUUUCUGGUGAAGCUGCAUCCAGUACAUCCUUCAUUUAGAAACACUUUAUAGACAUAGCUAUAUUCUCUUACUCACCUCCUGAUGGAUUUAAUGCUUAAUUUUCUCAAUUAAUUAAUUAAUUCACAUUGCAGUCCGACUAACAGCUGAGUGUCGGUGGUUUUAGUCAUUUCCUUGGUACCUGUUGUCUUUUAGAGUCACGUGAUCUCCUGAACAAAGGUAUGUACAUUGUCGACACAUUAUUAUUAAGUUUCUGAAUCAGAAUAAGAAGAGAAAUCAAGGAGAUGAUGCAUAUUUUUAAUUGGAUGAAUGAAACUGAACCUACAUUACACAAAAGUAUUUGGAGAAGAAAAAGCCCCAAAUAUUCAUAUUCCUUUAGUUAUUAUCUACACCAGGGGUGUCAAACUCAUUUUCACCGAGGGCCACAUCCGCCUCAUGGCGGCCCUCAAAGGGCCGGUUGUCACCAACACGGUAUAAUUCUAACUACUCCAGAACAUAUUGUUAAAUAACUGUCUUUGCAUUUGUUUAUUGUUUAUUUAGGUGUACUUAUAUAAAUGUAUAACUAUAUAUGCAAAUGUAUUUAAUAUUAUACAAUAAAUCUAUUUAAUUUCA